UCUCUCCCUUCCCAAUUGAAAUUCACUCUCACCCAAAGGCUAAACACAAAUAUCCAAUCUCUUCGCUAUUUCUCUUGAAAAUCCUGGGUUUUUUUUUUUUUUAUUAUUAAAACCCAUUUUGCAUUUCGGUCUGUUUCAGCUUCUUCUUUACUGAAUGGCUAUGGAACCAAACUUCUUUGAGCAAGAAGCGCACUUUGAUUCUGAUGGAGAUAUUUCUCUCAAGCAGAAAUGGAAUCCAAUAUCAGUACCAACAAGAGACCUAGAAAAGGAUGCUGGCCGCUUUGAUUGCAGCAUUUGCUUUGACUCAGCACAAGAUCCAGUAGUCACCCUUUGUGGUCACUUGUACUGCUGGCCAUGCAUUUACAAGUGGCUUCAUGUUCAAACUUCUUCCCUUGAUGCAGACCAGCGACAGCAGAAUUGCCCUGUGUGCAAGUCGAACAUCUCUUCCAGCUCCUUGGUUCCCCUCUAUGGUCGUGGUAUAUCUUCAGACUUUAAAUCCAAGAAUCCCCACUCAGAUCUGGUCAUUCCCCAAAGACCAUCUCCUUCUGGAUUGAACACUAUGAACACUUCUUCGCAUCCGAGUCAGCGAAUUCAGGAAAAUUUGUUCCAUUCUCAGUCUCAAUCCUUUCAUCACCAGCAAUAUUUCCCUCAUUCUUACGGAGGUUAUGCAACCUUAGCAUCAUCUAGCCUCGGUGGUAUAGCCAUGACAAAUUUCUUCAAUCCAGUGAUUGGGAUGUUUGGGGAAAUGGUGUAUGCUAGGAUAUUUGGGAGCUCAAACACAAAUUUGUUUUCUUAUCCUUACCAAGCUUCUUAUCCUUUUUCGGGGAAUAACAAUCUUAGGAUGAGAAGGCAGGAAAUGCAGGUUGACAAGUCUCUUAGUAGAGUAUCCAUCUUUCUUUUCUGUUGCAUUAUUCUUUGUCUCCUCUUGUUUUGAAAAGUAUUAACUUUGAGCUGUAUAGUAGUAAAAAGACAAGUCAAUGAACAGACCAAACACAGUUGUUGUUGGAAAAUUUGUGAGGAACUCGCUUGUGAAAGUUUCUCUCAGAUAUUUAUAUGUAUAUAGUACUAUCAUUUUUCAAGAACUGGGAAGGAACAGGAUUCUAAGUUAUCAUA